AUGGAUGCUGCGGAGGUUAAAUCACGGGAUUACCCUCCAAGACUUUACCCUGAAGGGUCUUCUAACCUAGAAAAAAAAGAUAUUAAUCACAAUUUCCGUUUAGGAACUUUCCGCCACAUUAGAGAAACAAUUGGACUUGAUGUGUGGGAAGAAUUGGUGAACUCUCCCAUUGGAGUAGUUGCUAGGCUAGCUGGACGCGAAAGCGUAUGGUCUGGUAGGACCGUACACUAUCUACUAUGUAGACAGCUGCGAGUACAUAAGAAGGAGAUAUGGUGUCUCGUGGUUGAUGAGGCUAUCAGGUUUAGCUUGCUCGAGUUUGGUGAGAUCACUGGGUUAAACACAGGUCCAUUGCCAAUAGAAAGGUUUGAAGCUGAUCAAUACAAAGAGUUUUGGGAGGAGUUGAAGGUGCCUCUUGGGAUGGGACCCAAGGUAGAUGAACUGAAGAAAGCAUUAGCGUUCUGUCCGCUUUGGAGUUUUGAAAAGCGUAAGUGGUUGGGGCUGCUACUUCUUCACGUCAUGGGAGUCUAUUGUUUGCAUCACAAUUCUAGGAUACCUUUUGAAAGUGCAAUAAGGGUAUUCGACGAUGAAGCCAUGUGGUCGUAUCCAUGGGGUCGGACUGCAUACGAAGUUCUCAUUGACUCUAUUAAAACGUUGGCUCUAGAAGGAGGGUCAUACACAAUAAGCAGCAUGACCGUCGCGUUAUUGAUUUGGGCUUAUGAAUCUGUCGCCUGCUUCGGUGAGAAUUUUGGGAUGGUGGUGAAUAAUGAAGACGUUCCACUUUUACGAUGGGGUGGAAAGCGUACAAGUGUGCGUGUGAGGAGAAUGGUUUUGAAGGACUCAAUUGAAGAGAUGUUUCCUAAAUGGUCGGGUGAACCUGACGACCCACAACUCGUUAGGUUGAUAACAUUCAUACAUGGUAAUGCACAGGGGAAGGGGAAUGAGAAGAAGAAGAAAAUGAAGGGUGGAGUUUCGUCAGAAGCUGAGCCACCCACUAAGAAGCAGAAGAAAGUUAAGACACAUAAUGAGUCUGAAGUUGCUGCAACGGAAAAGGGUUCUAGCGAGAAGGAAGGUAGCAAAGAUUCGGAGUUGGAGAACAAAGCGACUCUGAGGACCAUUGAGCGUCUGAAAGUUCUGGGAGUUGGGAAAAUUUCCGAAAACAAUGUUAACCCCUCUCCACCAUCAGCAGAUAAAUCUUUAACGUUGGCAUCACCGCGGGUUCAAACGCAUCAGAAGUCUGUCAAUAGUCCAGCGUUAGUUGCGACUCCUGGUAAGGUUUUUGGACCGAAAAAUAAUUUGGCAAAGGAGCUUGAUAAGGAAUCAUUGGUGAAAAGGACUUUGGCUGAGGAGUUUGGUAGUGUCGCUAAAGCUACUGAUCUUGAUAGUCAACAUGUUGAUUUCGUAUUAGUUUCUCCUUCAAAGGCUACUAAGGAUGAUAAGGAUGCUAAGGUUCCAGCCUAUGGACGCGGCUGCAGGGGCAAGCGUAUUGUUAAGGGUGAGGAAGCCGAUGAGAAGAAAAAAGCAGCGCAAGUAGAUGAUGCGUUUAAGAGGAAGGAGAAGGCUGAGGCUAAGAAAAAAGAGGCUGAGGCUAAGAAAAAAGUGGCUGAAGCUAAUAAAAAAGAGGCUGAGGGUAAGAAGAAAAAGAGGCUGAGCUAA